AUGUCUUCUCAAACUGUUCUCAAAUUGAACACCGGGGCCACAAUUCCUGCAGUUGGUCUCGGAACGUGGGAUUCCUCGGACGAGGAAGCCUACAACUCGGUGAUCGCCGCAUUGAAAACUGGCUACAGACAUAUCGAUACUGCAGCCAUGUACCGCAAUGAGGUUCCUGUUGGAAAAGCCAUCAACGAGUCCGGCGUCCCCCGUAGCGAGAUUUUCGUCACAACUAAGCUAUGGAGCACGCAACACAGAAACCCUGAAGCAGCUUUGAAUGCGUCGUUGGAGCGCAUGGGGCUCGACUACGUGGACCUGUAUCUAAUGCACUGGCCUGUGGCACUCAAAACAGACGCUAUCAAGGACGGCAAUUUUUUGACGGUUCCAGAAACAUUCGACGGCAAACGCAGCGUUGACCUGGAUGACUGGGAUUUCGUCAAGACUUGGGAGCUUAUGCAGAAACUUGUGCAAAGUGGCAAAGUCAAGGCUAUCGGAGUUUCGAACUUUUCCAUCAAUAACUUGAAGGACAUCCUAAAACCCGAGCUGAAAUUCAUUGUUCCUGCCGUAAACCAGAUCGAAAUCCACCCACAACUUCCUCAGGAAGAACUGAUAGAGUUCUGCCACUCCAAGGGUAUCGUGGUUGAGGCCUACUGCCCACUAGGCUCCUCGAAGUCGUCGCUGCUGUCCGAUCCUGAAAUCUCCAAAAUCGCAGAAAAAUAUCAAGCCGAGCCCGCACAGGUUCUUAUCAACUGGGGUAUUGCCCGUGGCUACUGUGUCCUGCCCAAAUCUUCCAACCCUAAGAGAAUCGAGUCGAAUUUUAAGACGUUCACUUUGUCACCAGAAGAUACGCAGGCGAUCUCUGCAUUUCACGAAAAGUACGGCGUGCACCGGUACGUCGAUCCCAACUGGGGUGAAUUCAAGGCUUUUGUGUAA